AUGAGGGGAGAUUAUGGGGAGGACAAGGGAGGUCAACUUCAAAUGUUGCUGGUGGUAAGAUGGUUGCUGGGAGGAAGAUACUUUGGAGAGAGAGAGACUUAUCUUGUGUUUAAGCCAAGCCAAAGUCCAUAUGUAUCGCUAAAGAUAUGGCCUCAGCUCUCUCUUUUAAGGUUUUUACCCUGAUCUUCUGAUCUGAAUGCUUGAUAGGCUAUGCAAGGUGGUAAAAAAUGUUUUUAUUGUCACAUACACCGGAUAAGUACAGUGAAAUGUGUUGUUUUACAGGAUCAGCCAUAGUAGUACGGCACCCCUGGAGCAAAUUAGGGUUAAGUGCCUUGCUCAAGGGCACCAACAGAUUUUUCACCUUGUCGACUCGGGUAUUCGAACCAGCGACCUUUCGGUUACUGGUCCAAUGCUCUAACGGCUAGGCUAAUUUCCUGCAACUCUACACAUUUUGCCGCAGGAUGGAGAGAAAUGUUUGGAGUUUUUAAUAUGAUAUCUGAGUGAGAGUGACUAACAAAAUCAAUGGGGGCCCUCCGGGUCGGUAAUUCGACCAUGAUUACUACAAGUUUAGAUAGCUGGCAGCUAGACUAAUUUACCAAUUUAAAACAUUUUAGCUGACAUGGGCUAAUUGAGUGACUGUCAGUGACUGACAUAACAAGAGAAACACUGCUGAUGCACAACCACGUUUUGAAAUGGCACCUUGUGUAUUCCCUUAUUCUAACUCUCAACAGUUCCUGAAAAAAAGGCCAGUCACCCAUCCUUGAUCUACUUCUUAUAUUAUACGGCAAUGGUUUUGAAUAAUGGGAGAAGGCCUAGUAUAAGUACUUUUCUAAUCUAUUCCAAUCCCUUUUUGGUGACAAGUAACUCAAUAUAAUUGCCAUGGAAGUCAUAGUAGAUUACAUUAGAGAUAUACAGUGGUGUCUCUCUGUAGCUCUCAGUGUGGUGAUAGACUUCCUCAGACUAAUCACUUAGGGUUUGGUUGUGACUUUGGUUCUUUGGUAAGAUUGUUGAGGUUUGUGUACAGUGGUCCCUAGCCCUGGUCCGUGCCUGGUUUAUUUAGUCAUAAAUGAUCAGUGUAAAAUAGGGUUGUUCAUUAAUGGUACACAUGAGGUUAAUAUAGUGUUUUGGUUUGUUUGUUGUUGUUGUUGUUGUUGCUGUUUGUUGUUGUUGUUAUUGUUUGUAGUGGUGAGAGAGGGGCUAGCCUAACAGGGCUCACACAGGGGGCAGGGCAGGGAAACAGGUGCAGGUACCAGAACACAUCCCCCUCUGUGUCCCCGGGGGGCUGGGGGAGGGGUGCUGGGAAGGUUCAGGUUACCCUGACAGGGGGAAAGAGGCAUGGGGGGUGGGUGUCAGUCCCAGUCCCCAAAAAAAGCCACCAGUGUCUUUUCCACGUGUUAGAGAGCAGGGCUGCUGUCUGUCUGUCUGUCUGUCAGGACUGCUGUCUGUCUGUCAGGACUGCUGUCUGUCUGUCAGGACGAAAAGUCUGUCCUUCACAUUUCAACCUUGAAACGCUGCAAGCAUGGGGAAAGGGGUAAGUCCUCUUAAUUUAUUUAUUAAUGCAUAUGCAGAGUGGUGUUUUCCUAUCCUUUAAACCAGGGCUGGGGUCAAUUUCAAUUUAAAUUUAGAAAGUACACUCAAAUUCCAAAGCAUUCCAAAACAUUGAAGGAAACUGGAAUUUCAGUUUACUUCCUGAAUUGACUGAAAUGAAAAAGAAUUGACUCUGCUUUAUACACACACACACACACACACACACACACACACACACACACACACACACACACACACACGCACACACACACACGCACACACACACACAGUCCAUCAUAUGACUAUAUGGUUGUGUUAGGGUUGGGUCAACUUAUCGUCUAACACCAAUCAUGUCUAGGGCUGUAACAUGCCAGUAACUUGUUUAGAGGAUUCCGGAUUUCCUGCUGAUACCAGAAAUCUCCAAAAACUCCAAAACCUGGGAAUUUGGGGAAAGUUAGCCUAGUCAUUUCACAUACAUACAGUAAGAGGCAUCAUGGAAAAUCUAAGCCGUUUUUUCUAAUAGCGUCUGCAUUGACGCUGGUUAUGCCGCAGUGUUGAGGCACAUUGUAAGCACACUGGAUAGUAGGAUAAGGGCCUAGAUAACUGGAAACAUCAUUAUAUUAUCAAUAUUUCUAUUGACACAUAUUACAGAAUUUCAAUUGUAUCUUCUUCAAUUCUAGCUGACAUUUGUUUUUAGCAGGUGUUGGCAAUUAUCUGUUAUACAGUAUCACAGAGAAGAGGAAAUUGGGGAAAUUGCUGUCGGAGACGUUUCCUGCACUCCACCAGCUCUCUACUCUCUAAAACCCUUUUGAUUGCUUUUUCAAUGUGUCACUCUCACACGCGCACACACACACACACACACACACACACUCGUUUAUUCUCUCUGUCGCUCAUUCACUCAUUCACACUGGGAAAGAAAGAGUGACAGCAGCAGAUGAAAUCCACGAUGCUGCAUUCUUCAUCAGUGACUGUUCCAAUCUGAAAAACACACACGCACACACACACACGCGCACGCACACACACACACACACAAACACACACACACACACAAACACACACACACACACUCAGACUGUCAGUGUAAUGUGAUAAUCUCCUCAGAGUGGAGCAGAAAAUGGAGGAGGAACGAGGAAGAAGAAGGAGAAGGAUCUGGAUGAGCUGAAGAAGGAGGUGUCCAUGGUGAGAGAAACGGCCUGAGUCCCAAAUGGCACCCUAUUAUUCACACCCCUUGCUGAGUCCCAAAUGGCACCCAGCGCCUUCAAAAAGUAUUCACACCCCUUGCUGAGUCCCAAAUGGCACCCAGCGCCUUCAGAAAGUAUUCAAACCCCUUACAGCCUGAAUUUAAAAUUGAUUAAAUUGAGAUUUUGUGUCACUGGCAUACACACAAUACCCCAUAAUGCCAAAGUGGAAUUAUGUUUUCAGAAAUAUUUACAAAUGAAUUAAAAAUGAAUAGCUGAAAUGUCUUGAGUCAAUUAGUAUUCAACCCCUUCGUUAUGGCAAGCCUAAAUACAUUCAGGAGUACAAAUGUGCUUAAAAAGUCCCAUAGUAAGUUGCAUGGACUCACUCUGUAUUCAAUAAUAGUGUUUAACAUGAUUUUUGAAUGACUACCUAAUCUCUGUACCCCACACAUACCAUUAUCUGUAAGGUCCCUCAGUCGAGCAGUGAGUUUUGAAACACAAAUUCAAUCACAAUGACCAGGUAGGUUUUACAGUGCCUCACAAAGAAGGGCACCUAUUGGUAGAUGACAAAAAAACAAAAACAAAACAGACCCUUUGAGCAUGGUGAAGUUAUUAAUUACACUUUGGAUGGUGUAUUAAUACUCCCAGUCACUACAAAGAUACAGGCGUCCUUAAUAACUCAGUUGCCAGAGAGGAAGGAAACCACUCAGGGAUUUCACCAUGAGGCCAAUGGUGACUUUAAAACAGUUACAGAGUUGAAUGGCUGUGAUAGGAGAAAACUGAGGUUGGAUCAACAACCUUCUAGUUACUCCGCAAUACUAACCUAAAUGACAGAGUGAAAAGGAGGAAGCCUGUACAGAAUAAAAAAUAUUCUAAAACAUGCAUCCUGUUUUCAAUAAGGCACUAAAGUAAAACUGGAAUUAACUUUAUGUACUGAAUACAAAGCGUUAUGUUUGGGGCAAAUCCAACACAUCACUGAGUACCACUCUUCAUAUUUUCAAGCAUGGGGGUGGCUGCAUCAUGUUAUGGGUGUGCUUGUCAGCGGCAAGGACUAGGGAGUGUUUUUUAGGAUAAAAAUAAACAGAAUAGAGCUAAGCACAGGCAAAAUCCUAGAGGAAAACCUGGUUCAGUCUGCUUUCCAACAGACACUGGGAGACAAAUUCACCUUUCAGCAGGACAAUAACCUAAAGCACAUGGCCAAAUAUACAUUGUAGUUACUUACCAAGACACCAUUGAAUGUUCCUGAGUGGCCUAGUUACAGUUUUGACUUAAAUCGGCUUGAACAUCAAUGGCAAGACUUGAAAAUUGCUGUCUAGCAAUGAUCAACAACCAACUUGACGAGCUUGAAGAAUUUUAAAAAGAAUAAUGUGCAAAUAUUGUACAAUCCAGGUGUGCAAAGCUCUUAGAGACUUACCCAGAAAGACUCACAGCUGUAAUCGCUGCCAAAGGUGAUUGUAACAUGUAUUGACUCAGGGGUGUUAAUAGUUAUGUAAUCAAUAUAUUUUAGUGUUUUAUUUACAAUACAUUUGCUAAAGUUUCUAAAAACAUGUUUUCACUUUGUCAUUAUGGGGGUAUUGUGUGUAGAUGGGUGAGCAAAAAUCUAUUUAAUAAAUGUUUUAUUCAGGCUGUAACACAACAAAAUGUUUAAUAAGUCAAGGGGUGUGAAUACUGUCUGAAGGCACUGUAUGUAAUGCAUUACUAUUGACCAGAGCAGUAGUGCACCAAAUUAGCCUGGGUACCAGUCUGUUUGUGGCAUUAAAGCCACUCCUUGUCAUGUCAAAGAUGUUUGGAAUGACAGCACAAACAGAUAAGGGACCAGACUAGCACCAAACAGGGAAUAUGGGUGCCAUUUGGGAGACGCCCUGGAUGUCAUGUGUGUUAAAACAUGCUUGUGACAAGUUUAAUUUUGAAUAGUGACCUAGUUGUGACAGUACAUUUGAGGAAGUCAGAUUAUUCUGCUGUUCUUUCACAGGAUGAUCACAAGAUAUCAUUGGACGAUCUGGGAAGACGCUACGGAGUCGACCUGGCUCGGGUAACACGCACGCACACACAUGCAAACACACACACACACACACACACACACACACACACACACACACACACACACACACACACACACACACACACACACACACAAAGCUGCUUUGUCUUCCUUCUGCUCUGCUCUUUAAUAACUUUAUUCUGCCAGAUCUAAUCUCUACAUAGCUAUUGCCUUUGUCCUCGCUACACACAAACAACUGUUACUUUGGUCCAUGGUGGUCCAAAUUGAGUCCACAGGGUUCUCAUCCCUGUCCCACAUGGGAACCCAGCCAUGGGAUUUCUAUUAGUUGUCUUCAGUGAUAUUAUAGUGAAUAUCAGUGAAGUAACAGAGGUCUAUCUAUCACAUCCUACUGACCUUAUCUCACACAGAACCACAAUGUUGUUCAGUGGCCAUUUUGGAAAUGGACGCCAGAUGGUGAUCGACAAAAUCAAUGAUGGCACUAUAGCCAAAAAUACUUCUUUAGACAUGCCAUAGUUGUGUGUGAAAUGUGGUGCUUCUAUCACAAAAGGCAACUACAAAUUAAAAAACGUGAUUCUGUUAUUGUGACUGUGACUGUCUCCCUGAUGGAUGAUACCUGUGUUCCAGGGUCUGACCAAUGCCAAGGCUCUGGAGGUGCUGGCCAGGGAGGGGCCCAACGUGCUGACUCCUCCUCCCACCACCCCAGAGUGGGUGAAGUUCUGCCGUCAGCUGUUCGGGGGUUUCUCCUUGCUCCUAUGGAUCGGUGCCAUCCUCUGCUUCCUGGCCUACAGUAUCCAGGUGGCCACCGAGGACGAGCCAGCCAAUGACAACGUGAGAACCACCCGCGCUAGGCUACACACACACACACACACACACACACACACACACACACACACACACACACACACACACACACAGACACAGUAUCCAGGUGGCCAUCGAGGACGAGCCAGCCAAUGACAACGUGAGAACCACAACAAGGCUAGACAACAUAACAUCUCUACACGAUAACACUCCAGUCCUUUGCACAGCCAUGGCCCUUUGAUCCCAUUUGGUGGCUAACAAUCACAAUUCCCUACAGUACAGCAGUCUAUACACUACAACCCUUCUUCACGUCUAGUAUGGUCUAUCAGCCAGACUAUGUUACGUUAUAUGUUCAUGUUACGUUUGUCAUUUACUAGCCCGAGUCCCAGAUUUGUGUGUGCUCUGGCGUUUUGCAAUGGGACUGAGUGACAAGGAGUUGGCACGAUAUAGCACAAACAGACUAGCACUCAGGCUAUACAGGCGCGGUAUAGUUAUUAGCUAACACUGUCUAUCGUAAUCAGUGCACACCUGACUGCAAACAUACUACAUGCUACAUGCAAACAACCCUCAUCAUCAUCAACAUCAACUUCACUUCACACACAAUUAUGUUGAUAUACUGUGUAGUGCCAAAAACCUAUACAUAAUAAAUAAUAUGACUGUAAAUCACUUUGGAUUAGCGUUGUAAAGUAUAUUACUAGAAUCUUUUGACGUUUACCAGUAAACUACCAGAAAUUUGGUAACUUUCACCUUUUUUUAUUUUAUUUUAUCAGAUGACAUCUAGUGGUAUUUUGGGGUACUUCAGAUUAUUACAGGUGUCUGUAAUUACCUCUGGCCCUCUGUGUGGCCAAUUCACAUGUCAAAUAUAGAAAAUAAUAAAACAAAAGUAAAUAGAAGAUAAUAACAUCUGUCUGCUCAUCUUGUUCUCUCUCUCUCUCUCUCUCUCUCUCUCUCUCUUCCUCCCCCUCUCUCUCUACCCGCUCCCGCUCUCUCUCUCCCCUCAGCUCGAACGCUAACCCUCCCCCCUCCAUUCUACGCCCCGCCACUCGCCCCCCUCUCUACUCCCCUUCGACCCCUCGCUCACUAACCCCCCGCUCACCUACUGCCCCCUCUCUAACGCGACAGUCCUCCCUCUCGCCUAACUAAACUCCCCCUCUAUCUCACCCUCCUCUCUACGCCAUCCCCCCCAGUACCGCUACCCCCCGCUCUAUCAACCAUCCCCGCUCCACCUACCUCUCCUCACCCCCCUUUACCCGCACCCUCCUCGGAUCUAGCCAACACUCUCCUCCUCCCACCCCCACCCCUGCUGCUACAACAAACCGAGCGCGAACUCCCAUUGUAGACCCCGCCCACCGCCCUCGCGCCCCAGAAACCCACCACCUAACGCCCCCUCUUCUAGACCAACCCUCACUCUCCUGCCUACCUCCCCCCUCUCUCUACCUCCCCUCUCUCUUCUACCUCCCCCUCUCUCUCUACCCCCCCUCUCUCUAAACAUAAAUAUGGGUUGUGUUUACAUUGGUGUUUGUUCUUCACUGGUUGCCCUUUUCUUGUGGCAACAAGUCACAAAUCUUGCUGCGUGAUGCACACUAUGGUAUUCACACAAUAGAUAUGGGAGUUAUCCAAAAAUUGGAUUUGGUUUUCGAAUUCUUUGGGGUCUGUGUAUCUGAGGGAGAUAUAUGUCUCUAAUAUGUCAUACAUUGGCAGGAGGUUAGGAAGUGCAGCUCGUUCCACCUCAUUUUGUGGGCAGUGUGCACAUAGCCUGUCUUCUCUUGAGAGCCAGGUCUGCAUACGGCGGCCCUCUCCAAAAGCAAGGCUAUACUCGCGGAGUACUGUACAUAGUCAAAGCUUUCCUUAAUUUUGGGUCAGUCACAGUGGUCAGGUACUCUCUCUCUGUUAAUUAUAAUAAUUGUUAUUCUUUCUAAUGUGUCAAGUACUAUCUUUUGUUUUGAUUUGGUUGGGUAUAAUUGUGUCUCUCUCUCUAAUUGGGUCUCUCUCUCCCCCUCUCUCUCAAUUCAAUUCAAUUCAAAGGGCUUUAUUGGCAUGGGAAACACAGGUUUACAUUGCCAAAGCAAGUGAAAUAUUUCUCUCUCUCUCUCUUUCCCUCCCUCCCUCUCUCAUAAUAGUUGUACCUGGGUGUGGUCUUGUCAGCUGUAGUCAUCAUAACUGGCUGUUUCUCCUACUACCAAGAGGCCAAGAGCUCACGCAUCAUGGACUCCUUCAAGAACAUGGUUCCUCAGGUGAGCUGAGCUGAGACUGCACAGUAUACGUGUGAGUCCCAAAUGGCACUACUUUUGACCAGGGCACAGGGUCCUAUUCCCUUUAAAGUGCACUACUUUUGACCAAGGCCCAGGGUGCUGGUUAAAGGUAGUGCACUAUAUAGGGUUUAGGGUGCCAUUUGGGACGCUGGCUAUGGCUUGGUUAGCACAACAGUGCGUAAAGGCUAUAACAGGCUAAAAUCACUUAGAUAGUCUUAGAUUUAGACUAAUUUUCUAUAAUAAUAAGAUAUGGAAUUUAGCUUACGUUUUUAUCCAAAGCGACUUACAGUUGAGCGUGCAUACAUUUUACGUAUGGGUGGUCCUGGGAAUUGAAUCCACUAUCCUGGCGUUGCAAGCACAAAGCUCUACCAACUGAGCUAGAGAGGACAAUUUUCUUUCCUUUGAGUGCCUCGAGUCUUACACUGACUUGAGAAGCAUAAUAAGCUUACCCAACAUAAUACAGCUAAUAAUUUGAGCCAACUUUGGAUUUGCCACUGAAUGUUUGCCAAAAAACGUUUAAUUCUCUAAUUUCAUCCUCCCCUUUUUCUCUCUCUUUCAUCCCCCCUCUCGCUUAUCCAUCCCUCCAUCCCUCCAUCCCUGGCAGCAAGCCCUGGUGAUCAGGGAAGGAGAGAAGAUGACGAUUAAUGCAGAGCUAGUGGUGAGGGGAGACCUGGUGGAGAUCAAAGGAGGAGACAGGAUCCCUGCCGACCUCCGAGUUGUCUCAGCCGCGGGCUGCAAGGUAAGGAGAGGAGAGGAGAGGAGAGGAGAGGAGAGGAGAGGAGAGGAGAGGAGAGGAGAGGAGAGGAGAGGAGAGGAGGGGAGGGGAGGGGAGGGGAGGGGGGGAAGGAGAGGAGAGGAGAGGAGAGGAGAGGAGAGGAGAGGAGAGGAGAGGAGAGGAGAGGAGAGGAGAGGAGAGGAGAGGAGAAAGUCCAAGAAGGCUGGAUUAUUUAGUUGCUCUCUCUCUCUUUCACUCUUUCUGUCUCUUUCUCUCUCUCGAUAACUUUCCUCUGUCUGUGUGGGAAGGUGGAUAACUCCUCUCUGACUGGGGAGUCAGAGCCUCAGACACGCUCACCGGAGUUCACCCAUGACAACCCCCUGGAGACUCGAAACAUCGCCUUCUUCUCAACCAACUGUGUGGAGGGUCAGUAGGACAAACCCUUUCCUAUCUUUUUAUUCAUUUAUUUGUAUUGAACCUUUAUUUAUAUUUGAAGUCAGAAGACCUAUUAUACAAGGGAGACCUGAGCUGACCUCCAUUCCAUCCAUUUCCCCCCCAUCACUCCCUCCCUCAGGCACAGCCCACGGUGUAGUAGUAGGGACCGGAGACCAUACAGUAAUGGGCCGUAUUGCCACCCUGGCCUCGGGGCUGGAGACGGGCCAGACUCCCAUCAAUAUGGAGAUUGAACACUUCAUUCAACUGAUCACGGCCGUAGCUGUGUUCCUGGGGGUCAGCUUCUUCAUCCUGGCCAUCAUCCUGGGGUACACCUGGCUGGAGGCCGUCAUCUUCCUCAUCGGCAUCAUCGUCGCCAACGUCCCCGAGGGCCUGCUGGCCACCGUCACUGUGAGUUAAGCCUUGUAUGUCUGAGCCAGAAUGAAGCCUAUCUACUCCCCCCCCCCCCUGGACAGGAUGCUAGUCUGUCACAGGGACCGUCACUGUGAGUCCGGCUGUUAUAUGGGACAAAUUCUAUUUUUUAAAUAAGGAGUGGGGCAGUCGUUCUCCUUACGUAUUUUUUAUUUAUUGGAUAGGACAGAGAGGUAGAGAGGAAAGGUAGGUGGGUGUGCUGUAAAGGACUCUCCACAGUGAUUUCACUGUCUACACAACGGAGCUCCGUUUGCGUUGCAUUGCAAAAAAAUUAAGCUGCCCAAAAGUGCAUAAAACUACGUAGAGAGCUAUGCAAACAAAGCUCAGUCGGAUCCGUUGAGGAUCCAUUGCAUGUGUGUAGCCCUUAAGAGCAGUGGGCCAGAUUCAAACCGAUGCUAGCAGCGAUCCAUUUAUCUAUUCUAGAGGCAGCAGCGUAGACUGCUAGACCACCCCAGGCAACAGACCGUUAUUCUGCAUAUUGGCCAAACUAUAAUUCAAAAUCUUCAUGUAAAUCUCCUGCUAAAUCUCAUCAUUUACAUCAAAGUCUAUGAGAGUUUUGCUAUGUAAAAUCCUAAGUAGAAUUUUGCAUCUAUCUGUCCAUCUUUAACAUUACCCUGAUUAAGCAAAUGGAACAACGACCCUCUCUUCCAAAAAAAAAAUAAAAACCCAACCCCCCACCUCUCAAAAACCAUCCAAGGGGGGAACUCCCGGCAGCAACGGGUAAAAACCCCGGACCCCCAAAACAAACCCCCAGCCCUCAAACCCCGAUAACAAAAUUUUUCCCGCCAUAAAAACGAAAAAAACAAAAAAGUAAAAAAAUAUACUAAAAUUUUUCCCCUUUUAAAAAAUAAGAAAAAAUACAAAAAAAAUUACUAAAAAAUCUACCCAAACCCCCUCAAUAACCCCCCAAACCAUAAAUAAAUUUUUCCCCAUAUUUUAAAUUUAAACCCCCCCCCUUCCUUUUUUUAAAAAAAUUCCAAAUCAAAAGCUUUAUAAACCCUAUAUUCCAUUCUUUUUCACACAUUCCCUUUCCAUUAAAAAAAAAAUUUUUUAAAUUAUUAAAACAACCCCUCCCAAAAAACAUUUUCCAAUAAAUUUUUUUCCAAACACAUUUUUCCCCCAAAACCCCUUUAUUUAUGAAAUAUCCCCCCAUGAAAAUUUUUUAAAAUAAUCCCCCUUUAAACUUCUCUCUCAAAAUCUUCUAUCCACUCCUAUCUCUUUCCUUCUUUUCUUUAAAAAAUUCUCCUCCUCAUCCUUAUAUUAUACAUUCAACACCAUCUGUUAUUUCCCUUUUUUCUCCCUUAUCUCCCUACAUCCGUCUCCUCCUAGUUCCUUAAAUUUUACUCCUCCUUCUCCUCACUCUCCUUCUCUCCAUCCUUUUCCUCUCUUUUCCCUUUUUCUCCUCUUCCACUCUUCCUUUUCCAUAUUUUUCUCAUUCCUUCUCUCCCCUCUCAAAUUCCCUUUCGCUCACUCAUCCUUUCGUCUCUCUCAUCCACUCUCAAAACCAUUUUCUUAAAACCAUAAACUUUCUCCCCUUUUCUUCCCAUUAACAAACAAAACAACUCUCUUUCUUCAUCUCCACCCUCCCCUCACCAUCUCUCUCUACUGCCCAUCCACUAUUUCUCAUCAUCAUCCAACGUUUCUAUACGUCCAAUCCAUCUCUAUCUCCAUCUCAUCCAUCGUCCUCUCUCCAUCGCAUCUCUCUCUCUCAUCUCAAAUCUCUCCAACUCUAACUGCCGACCAUUCUUCAUCAUCUCUCCAUCUCCAAUCAUCUCUCUCUCUCCAUCUAUCCACAUCUCUCCCUCUCUCCCCAACAAACUCCAUCCUCAUCUCCAUCAUUUGCUCUCCAAAAAAAACAUCAUAGCUCUCAAAUCAACGUUUUCCCAUCAUUCCCCAUCUCAUCCAUUCUGCUCACCAACGCUAACCACAUUUCCCCCAUCUCCAUCAUCAUCCAUCCCUACCUAAAGCCUCUCAAUCCAUCCCCAAUAACGCUACGCAAUAACUUCUCACACCGUCAAAAGAAAGUAAAGAAGAGAUAGCAAUAAAGAUAGAAAUAAAGGCAGAGCAGUCUAAAAAUACAUCAGACUGAGACGACGAGUCAAAGUUAGAAAUGCAAAAAAAACAAAAGACAGAAGAAGGAUGAACAUGGAACCCAAAACAAAGAGAAUCCGAACCAACAGAGACCAUCUCCACACAAACACCCGACGGCCAGCCCAACAAAAUUAUACAUCACAAUGCCAUCAUGACACCAAAAAUCAUCCGUAUCUCUCAUCAGCAUCAGGAUCAAAAUCCGUUCCUCCAAUCUAUCAAAUCAUCCGUAUCACAAGCUCUUCCCAAACUCAUUCUCACAACAAGUCUCGGCGCACAAUGCAGAGCAUCGAGCCGCGCCCAGCCACCCAGCACGCCCGUCCACCAGACCCAGUCCAGCACCCAAAACUCCAUCCAAAAACAAGAUCCGACAGCAUCCAGAACCACCCCCCACCAACUGCAGACUCCAGCCAAAAGGAGAGGCACACCAAAAGACCCCCCUCACCACGAACCGAAUUAUCAUCGAAUAAAGCCCUCAAAAUUUUGCCAGCCAUAGCUCUCAUGCCCGAACCCCCACCAUCCUCCCGCAAGAAAGGGCCCGAUACAAGCUUCCCAAAAAAUCUCUACUACAUCUCACACCCCUUUUACUCUCGCUUUAAAUCUCCCCAUCCAAAUUCCCCAUCCCCACUCUCUCUCCCACCGCAUGGGCCGCUCUCCAUCCAUCCUAGUCUCAUCCAUCUACUCUCAUCUCCCAGCCAAUUCCCCCAAACACAACUUCAUCAACCUCCUCUCUCUCCAAUCUCGCCUCCAAUCUCCUCUCCAUCAUUCAUCAUCCUCAUCAUCUCCCUACUCUCAAGAAGUCUCUCCCUACUACUGCUCUCUCUCCGAUAUCUCCUCCCAUCCAUCUACAACUCUCUCCAGAGAAAGAAGAAAGAAGAGGGGAGAGAGAAGGGAAGGAAGAAAGAAAAGAGGGGGAAAAGAAGAAAGAAGAAAGAGAAAAAAGAGAGGAGGAAAGGGGGAAACGAAGGAAAAAAGAGAAGGAAAGAGAAAAAAAAAGAGAGAAAGGAAAAAAAAGAGAGAGAGAGAAAAAAGAGAGGAGAAAGAAAAAAAGAGAAAAGAGAAGAAAAGAGGAAAAGAGAAGAGAAAGAAAGGGAAGGAAAAAAAGGAGAGAGAGAGAAGAAAAAAAGAAGAAAGAGGAGAAAGGAGAAGAAAGAAGGGAGAGGAGAAGAAAGAAGCGCCAAAGAAGAAAGAAGGGAGAAGAGAAGAAAGAGGGAAAAAGCAAAGAAGGAAGAAAGAGGGGAGAGAAAGGAAGAAGGGAGAGAGAAAAGAGAAAGAGAAAGAGAAAAGAGGAGGAAAAGAAGAGAGAAAGGGAAGAGAAAAAAGAGUAAAGGAAGAGGACGUUUGGGGAGAGAGAGAGGUAGAGAAAAGGGGGGAAGAGGAGGGGAGGGAGAGAAAGGGGAAAAAAGAAAGGGGGAGGAGAAAAGGGGAAGGGGGACAGGGGGGGAGAAGAAGAGAGGGGAGAAGAAAAAAGAGAGAGAGAGAAAAAAAGAAAGAAGAGAGAAAAGGAGAGAAGAAGGGAGAGGAAAGAAGAAAGGAGAAGAAGGAAAGAAAGAGAGAGGAGAAAGAAGAGAGAAAGAGCGAAAAGAGGAGAGAGAAGAGAAGAAGAGGAGGGAAGAGAAGAAAGAGAAAAAGAGAAAAGGCGGAGGAGGAAGGAAGGGAGGGGAGAGCAAAAGAAAGGAGAGGAAAAAAGGAGAGAGGGAGAAGAAGAAGAAAAGAAAGAGAGAGAGAGAAGAGAAGAAGGAAAGAGAGAAAGAGGGAAAAGAAGAAAGAGAAAGGAAAAAAAGGGGGAGAAGAAAAAGAAAGAGAAAGAAAGAGGAGAAAAGAAAAAAGGAGAGGGAAGAGAAAGAAAGAAGAGAGAAAGAAAAGAGAAAAAAGAAAGAAGAGAGAGAGGAGAAAAAAGAGAGAGAGAAAGAACAAAAUAGAAUGAAACGAGAAAAACAGGUACGAAUUAGAGAAAAAAUAGAAAGUAAAGAGAAUAGAGCUAGCCAUAUAUAUUAGAUAAUCCAUAUCUACUCCUCAUACAUCUCUCCAAUCAUCCAUCGCUCUCUCAUCUAUCAUCUCUCGUCUCAUCCAUUCUGUCUCUCUCCAUCUCCAUCCAUCUCUCACUCUCAUCUCUCCAUCUCCAUCUUCUAUCUCCCUCCAUCCAUCCAUCCUCAUCUCUCUCAUCCAUUCUCGCUCUCUCUUUCCCCCUCUCUCCCCCUCCCUCCUCCUCCAUCCCUCAUCUCAUCCAUCCUCCCUCUCCAUCCAUCUCUCUCUCUAGAGUAGUCUAACCGUACUGCCAAGCGUACGAUGGCCAGAACUGCCAGUAAGAACUCUGUAGACCACUGGGUCUGCAGUCCACCAUCUGUCGACAAAGCACCGAACCAACGAACCAUCAGCCCUGCCAAUGCGCCUCGAACACACAAUGAUCCAUACGAGGCCGGGGGCCACUCCGGAGCGACCCACGCAUCCUCCUCUCAGGCGCCUCGAGCUCUCCCCAAUACCUCCUCCCCAUCCUCCUCUCCCUCCACUCACCCUCCUGCCUCUCCACCCUCCCCUCCUCUCUCUCUCCUCAGGUCUCCCCUUCCUCCACUUGCCUCCUCUCGAAUUCUACCCUACUCACCAUUUUGUCCGACAAUACAGCCCUGACCCAACCAUCAUCUGCCCACAUUUCACCAUGACCAUCGAGGCGAUCCUAAAAACCCCGCCCCCAAAAACCCCCCUUUCCAAACCCCCUUAAAAACCCCCCCCCCUUUCCCAUCCACACUUUUUCAGCAAUCUCGCAGCCUCAAUCCAUUUUUCAAGAAGAGGGGAGACCAGAUAAAGAGCUAAAAGGGAAAAAAAGAUCCGAAUAAAAAAAAGGAAUCCAUCAUCCCACCAAAAACAGCCAAUUAAAAGCCAGAGAGAACUCCCCAAAAGAUCCCAACCUCCUCCCGAUCAUUCCGAUCUCAUAUCACCCCCCACCCAUCCCCUCCUCCCCCAAAUUACACCCAUGCUCUCUCCUUAACAGAAGCAAAGAAUACCAGAAUGAACAAACGAGUAGGAAAAACGGCAAAUGACGAGCAAAAGGCUCCAACCACACCCUCAACAACCCGCUCAAUCAACCAUCAUCUAGACCUCUAAACAGAAUCUCAAGAAUAAAAAACUUCUACCAUCUCAGCCAUCCAAGCGAUCCUCCUCUCCCAUCUCAUCACCCUCCCCCAAACAUACGCCCCAUCGACCAUCCUCUCCAUCUCCCUCCCCCACCCCCUCCCUCCCAUCCCUCCCUCCCCUCCCCCUCUUCCUCUCCCUACUGCCAAGCGUAUGGCCAAAAAGAACUGCCUGGUCAAGAAUCUGGAGGCUGUGGAGACCCUGGGUUCUACCUCCACCAUCUGUUCCGACAAGACAGGCACCCUGACCCAGAACCGCAUGACCGUGGCCCACAUGUGGUUCGACAACAUGAUCCAUGAGGCCGACACUACGGAGGACCAGUCUGGUGAGACCACCCACAGACAUCAUCUGUUUUUUCUACACUCAACCAGACACAUUGAAUUAGUGGACUACUCUGCUCUGAAAAAUGAGCUGAAUUAUAAUAUGAAUGCUGAUACUGAUAGAGCUCAGUCACAUUGACACAGUGCAUCAUUCCUCUAAGUCUAGGGUUGCAAAAUGCUGGUAAAUUUCACAAAAUGACCAGGUUUUUCAGAAAUCCCAGUUGGAAGAUUCCCAGAAUCCGGAUGAAAAACACAGGAAAUCUGGGAAUUCUUGAACUGGGAUUUCUGGAAAACCUGGGAAUUUAGGGAAAGUUACCAUAUUUUGCAACCCCAGCUCAGUCACAUUGAUACAAUACAUCCUCCCUCUGUAAAGUCUAAUGCCUCUCAUGUGUUCUCUCUGUCAGGUGCUACCUUUGAUAAGAGCUCGGCUACAUGGCACGCUCUGUCCCGUGUGGCUGGACUCUGUAACCGUGCUGAGUUCAAAGCUGGGCAGGAAAAGCUCCCCAUUCUGAAGGUAGGGAAUGUUCACAUAGAGUUGGAUAGAUGGCACAUAAAACAUGCUUUGUAGCAAGGGCACCCUCCAUCCAACUCUAUGAAUGGCCAUUUUACACCUAUACCCAUGUGACUAAUCAUAAUUUAGACACAGCCACUGUCUGCAUCCCAAAUGGCACCCUAUUUCCUAUUUAGUGCACUUAAUAGGAAAUAGAGUGCCAAAUAGAGUCCCGUGUAGCUCAGUUGGUAGAGCAUGGCGCUUGCAACGCCAGGGUUGUGGGUUUGAUUCUCACAGGGGACCAGUACAAAAAAUGUUUAACAAAUUAUGAACAUGUAUGCACUCACUACUGUAAGUUGCUCUGGAUAAGAGCGUCUGGUUAAACAUUUUUAAAAAAUAAUAUUGGGGAAGCAGACAUUGAAUCGAAUACCUCUAAAAUCCCUUCCUAACUGCUACAAUAACAGCAGAGUCCCAUACUGAAAGGCCUGACAACAUUUCCCAGCCAGCAACCCAUUCUGACAACGUGAAUAGACUGUCUCCUUCCCAGCCAGCAACCCAUUCUGACAACGUGAAUAGACUGUCUCCUUCCCAGCCAGCAACCCAUUCUGACAACGUGAAUAGACUGUCUCCUUCCCAGCCAGCAACCCAUUCUGACAACGUGAAUAGACUGUCUCCUUCCCAGCCAGCAACCCAUUCUGACAACGUGAAUAGACUGCCUCCUUCCCAGCCAGCAACCCAUUCUGACAACGUGAAUAGACUGUCUCCUUCCCAGCCAGCAACCCAUUCUGACAACGUGAAUAGACUGUCUCCUUCCCAGCCAGCAACCCAUUCUGACAACGUGAAUAGACUGUCUCCUUCCCAGCCAGCAACCCAUUCUGACAACGUGAAUAGACUGUCUCCUCCUGACUGUUUGAUGCUGUGUUUCUUUUUUUUAGGGGGUAGAUCAGCUUUAAUAUUGCAGAUAGACUGUAACGUCCAUCAAUGUAAUUGUCUGCAUCACUUCCAAUCCCCCAUAUGUUUGUUUUUUUCGCGCAAAUAUGUAUAUAUAUAUUUAUAUAUACACGUAUACAUACAUGCAUAUGUAUAUAUACAUACACAUACAUACACAUAUACACAUCCUUUUAAAAAAUACAUUUCCCUUUAUUACCCUCCAACCCCACCACCCCUUCCCUAAUUGGAGUAAACUAGUGAACAACAACGCUUAGGCCUCUACUUCCAGCUUAUACAUACUAAAUACAUUUUAUGGACACAGUCAAUUUUACAAUAAUUGUAUUUUGUUUGUUUUUUACUCCUGAACUUCCUCUACCCUCAACCUCUCCGAUCAGUUUCAUGAUGUCCAUCCGGUUUGCUUCUACAUGCCAUAUCUUUCUAACUGCUGUGUGUUUCUUAGAGAGACACUGCGGGCGAUGCAUCGGAAUCUGCUCUGUUGAAAUGUAUCGAGCUCUCCUGUGGGUGUGUCCGCUCCAUGAGAGAAAGAAACACCAAAGUGGGCGAGAUACCCUUCAACUCGACCAACAAGUACCAGGUAUACAAUUACCCCCUACAACCAUUUACUACACAAACAUAUACAGUGGGGAGAACAAGUAUUUGAUACACUGCCGAUUUUGCAGGUUUUCCUACUUACAAAGCAUGUAGAGGUCUGUAAUUUUUUUAUCAUAGGUACACUUCAACUGUGAGUGACGGAAUCUAAAACAAAUGAAGAAUUCCGGCUCUCACAGACCUGUUAGUUUUUCUUUAAGAAGCCCUCCUGUUCUCCACUCAUUACCUGUAUUAACUGCACCUGUUUGAACUCGUUACCUGUAUAAAAGACACCUGUCCACACACUCAAUCAAACAGACUCCAACCUCUCCACAAUGGCCAAGACCAGAGAGCUGUGUAAGGACAUCAGGGAUAAAAUUGUAGACCUGCACAAGGCUGGGAUGGGCUACAGGACAAUAGGCAAGCAGCUUGGUGAGAAGGCAACAACUGUUGGCGCAUUAUUAGAAAAUGGAAGAAGUUCAAGAUGACGGUCAAUCACCCUCGGUCUGGGGAUCCAUGCAAGAUCUCACCUCGAGGGGCAUCAAUGAUCAUGAGGAAGGUGAGGGAUCAGCCCAGAACUACACGGCAGGACCUGGUCAAUGACCUGAAGAGAGCUGGGACCACAGUCUCAAAGAAAACCAUUAGUAACACACUACGCCGUCAUGGAUUAAAAUCCUGCAGCGCACACAAGGUCCCCCUGCUCAAGCCAGCGCAUGUCCAGGCCCAUCUGAAGUUUGCCAAUGACCAUCUGGAUGAUCCAGAGGAGGAAUGGGAGAAGGUCAUGUGGUCUGAUGAGACAAAAAUAGAGCUUUUUGGUCUAAACUCCAUUCGCCGUGUUUGGAGGAAGAAGAAGGAUGAGUACAACACCAAGAACACCAUCGCAACAUGAAGCGUUGGAGGUGCACCGUAUUGAGGGGAGGAUGGAUGGGGCCAUGUAUCGCGAGAUCUUGGCCAACAACCUCCUUCCCUCAGUAAGAGCAUUGAAGGUGGGUCGUGGCUGGGUCUUCCAGCAUGACAACGACCCGAAACACACAGCCAGGGCAACUAAGGAGUGGCUCCGUAAGAAGCAUCUCAAGGUCCUGGAGUGGCCUAGCCAGCCUCCAGACCUGAACCCAAUAGAAAAUCUUUGGAGGGAGCUGAAAGUCCGUAUUGCCCAGCGACAGCCCCGAAACCUGAAGGAUCUGGAGAAGGUCUGUAUGGAGGAGUGGGCCAAAAUCCCUGCUGCAGUGUGUGCAAACCUGGUCAAGACCUACAGGAAACGUAUGAUCUCUGUAAUUGCAAACAAAGGUUUCGGUACCAAAUAUUAAGUUCUGCUUUUCUGAUGUAUCAAAUACUUAUGUCAUGCAAUAAAAUGCAAAUUAAUUACUUAAAAAUCAUACAAUGUGAUUUUCUGGAUUUUUGUUUUAGAUUCCGUCGCUCACAGUUGAAGUGUAGCUAUGAUAAAAAUUACAGACCUCUACAUGCUUUGUAAGUAGGAAAACCUGCAAAAUCGGCAGUGUAUCAAAUACUUGUUCUCCCCACUGUACAUCAAAGACACAACUGCAUAAACCAAAAUGUUUUAUUUAUUGUACAAACACACCUACAGCACUAUCCAAGUCCUUUGAACCACCAAAUAUUUAAUGACAGCAAUGAAAAAAAUAUACUCUUUUCUUCUACCAUCUCUCUCUCCUUUUAAAGCUGUCCAUUCAUGAACAAGAGGACAAUGAAAAUGGCCACCUACUCGUUAUGAAGGGAGCACCUGAAAGAAUAUUGGACAGGUAUUUAUUUACAUCAAAACCGACUAACUAAUGUGUCUCUCAAUGGGUAGAUACCAAAGAGUUGGAUAGAGAUAUUUGGAGAUAGUGCUCCCGAGUGGCGCAGUGGUCUAAGGCACUGCAUCUCAGUGCUAGAGGCGUCACUACAGACCCUGGUUCGAUUCCAGGCUGCAUCACAAUCCAGCUGUGAUUGGGAGUCCCAUGGGGCGGCUUGGUAAAUAAGAAGUUGUUCUUAACUGACUUGCCUAGUUAAAUAAAGGUGAAAAAUAAAUAAUAACUAUAAUAAUGGCACUGCCCAUGCUUUCACAGAAACCAUUAUGCCAAAGAUACAUAGAGGUGCCCUCUAUCCAACUCUAUGAUAAAUACAUACAGUGCCUUCAGAAAGUAUUCACACCCCUUGACAUUUUCUACAUUUUGUUGUGUUACAGCCUGAAUUUAAAAUUGAUUAAAUUGAGAUUCUGUGUCACUUGUCUACACACAAUACCUCAUAAUGGAAUUACACUGAACAAAAAUAUAAACGCAACAUGCAACAAUGCAAGAUUUUUCUGAGUUACAGUUCAUAUUAGGAAAUCAGUCAAUUUAAAUAAAUAAAGUAGGCCCUAAUCUAUGACUGGGAAUACAGAUAUGCAUCUGUUGGUGACAGAUACCUUAAAAAAACAGGUAGGGGUGUGGAUCAGAAAACCAGUCAGUAUCUGGUGUGACCACCAUUUGCCUCAUGCAGUGCGAUCCAUCUCCUUCGCAUAGAGUUGAUCAGGCUGUUGAUUGUAGCCUGUGGAAUGUUGUCCCACUCCUCUUCAAUGGCUGUGCGAUGUUGCUGGAUAUUGGCGGGAACUGGAACAUGCUGUCGUACACGUGGAUCCACUGCAUCCCAAACAUGCUCAAUGGGUGACAUGUCUGGUGAGUAUGCAGGCCAUGGAAGAUCUGGGACAUUUUCAGCUUCCAGGAAUUGUGUCCAGAUCCUUGCGACAUGGGGCCGUGCAUUAUCAUGCUGAAACACGAGGUGAUGGUGGCGAAUAAAUGGCACGACAAGGGGCCUCAGGAUCUCAUCACGGUAUUUCUGUGCAUUGAAAUUGUCAUCGAUAAAAUGCAAUUGUGUUCAUUGUCCGUAGCUUAUGCCUGCCCAUACCAUAACCCCACUGCCACCAUGGGGCACUCUGUUCACAACGGUGACAUCAGCAAACCGCUCGCCCACAUGACGCCAUAAACGCUGUCUGCCAUCUGCCCGGUACAGUUGAAACCGGGAUUCAUCCGUGAAUAGCACACUUAUCCAGUCUGCCAGUUGCCAUCAAAGGAGAGCAUUUGGCCACUGAAGUCGGUUACGACGCCGAACUGCAGUCAGGUCAAGACCCUGGUGAGGACGACGAGCACGCAGAUGAGCUUGCCUGAGACAGUUUCUGACAGUUUGUGCAGAAAUUCUUCAGUUGGCAAAUCCACAGUGUCAUCAGCUGUCCGGGUGGCUGGUCUCAGAUGAUCCCGCAGGUGAAGAAGCCGGAUGUGGAGGUUCUGGGCUGGCGUGGUUAUACGUGGUUUGCUGCUGUGAGGCCGGUUGGACGUACUGCCAAAUUCUCUAAAACAACGUUGGAGGCGGCUUAUGGUAGAAAAAUGAACAUUCAUUAUCUCAGUUUGUAUCACAUUCCAAUGAUAAAACUGGGGGGGGGGGGGGGGGACAAAAAUGCAAUUUCAGAAUGUGGGGGGGACAUGUCCCCUCCGUCCCCUGUGAAAGUUACACCCCUGAUGGGACCAACACUUUACAUGUUGCAUUUAUAUUUUUGUUCAAUGUAUGUUUAUAGAAAAGUUUACAAAUUAAUUAAAAAUUAACCUAUAAUGUCUUGAGUCAAUAAGUAAUCAACCCCUUAGUUAUGGCAAGCCUAAAUAAGUUCAGGAGUUUAAAUGUGCUAAAGACGUCAAGUGCAUGGACUCUGUCUGUGUGCAAUAAUAGUGUUUAACAUGAUUUUUGAAUGACUACCUAAUCUCUGUACCCCACACAUACAAUUAUCUGUAAGGUCCCGCAGUCGAGCGGUGAAUUUCAAACACAGAUUCAACUACAAAGACAAGGGAGGUUUUCCAUUGCCACGCAAAGAAGGGCACCUAUUGGUAGAUGGGCAAAAAAAAAGCAAACAUUGAAUAGCCCUUUGAGCAUAGUGAAGUUAUUAAUUAGACUUUAGAUGGUGUAUCAAUACACCCAGUCACUAGAAAGAUACAGGCGUCCUUCCAAACUCAGUUGCCGGAGAAGAAGGAAACCGCUCAGGGAUUUCAGCGUGAUGCCAAUGGUGUCUUUAAAACAGUUACAGAGUUUAAUGGCUGUGAUAGGAGAAAAAUGAGGAUGGAUCAACAACAUUGUAGUUACUCCACAAUACUAACCUAAUUGACAGAGAAGGAAGCCUCUACAGAAUAAAAAUAUUCAAAAACAUGCAUCCUGUUUGCAAUAAGGCACUAAAGUAAAACUUUAAAACAUGUGUGCAAAGAAAGGACCUUUUAUCCUGAAUACAAAGCGUUAUGUUUGGGGCAAAUCCAACGCAUCACUGAGUACCACUCUUCAUAUUUUCAAGCAUGGUGGUGGCUGCAUCAUGUUAUGGGAAUGCUUGUCAUUGGCAAGGAAUAGGGAGUUUUUUUGGGUAAAAAUAAAAGGAAUAGAGCGAAGCACAGGCAAAAUCCUAGAGGGAAACCUGGUUCAGUCUGCUCUCCAACAGACACUGGGUGGCAAAUUCACCUUUCAGCAGAACAAUAACCUAAAACACAAGGCCAAAUAUAUACUGUAGUUGCUUACCAAGACAACAUUGAAUGUGGCCUAGUUACAGUUUUGACUGAGGUCGGUUUGAAAAUCUAUCGCAAGACUUGUAAAUGGCUGUCUAGCAGUGAUCAACAACCAACAUGAGAAAUAUUGCUCAAUCCAGGUGUGCAAAGCUGUAAUCGCUGCCUAAGGUGAUUCUAACAUGUAUUGACACAGUGGUGUGAAUAUUUAUGUAAAUUAUAUCUUUCUGUAUUUCAUUUUCAUAAAAUUUGCUCAAAUUUCUAAAAACAUGUUUUCACUUCGUCAUUAUGGGGUAUUGUGUUCAGAUGGGAGAGAAAACAAAUGAAUUGAAUCCAUUUUGAAUUCAGGCUGUAACACAACAAAAUGUGGAAUAAGUCAAGGGGUGUGAAUACUUUCUGAAGGGACUGUAUCUCACUGGCUGACAGCAACAGGUGAAUAAUAGCCCCUAUUGUAUGUCUCUUAGGUGCAGCACCAUCUUGAUCCACGGCCAAGAGGUUCCAAUGGACGCCAACUGGAUCGAAGCUUUCCAGAGUGCCUACAUGGAGCUGGGAGGGCUGGGAGAAAGAGUUCUAGGUACGUACACUACAGCACAUAGUGCUAUUUGGGACUCAACCUACGUUUGCUAUAUACGGAUCACACAUGCCACCUGGCUAUUGUCUGUGCCCUUCCUUUCCAUGUCACAUCUCCCGAUCUGUUCCUUACAUCUGUCCCAUCAUAAAAACUCAAUAAAAUACGAAAGAACAUCGGCACUUUUGAUCUCCUUCAAAAAAUAAAACAUAAAUAAAAGAGUCCCUGUCUAUUUGUUUUGUUUCUCUCUCCCUCAGGGUUCUGCCACUUGCCCCUGUCUCCGGCCCAGUUCCCUCGGGGCUUCGCCUUUGACUGUGAGGAGGUCAAUUUCCCUAUAGAGGGAAUGUGUUUCGUGGGUCUCAUGUCCAUGAUCGAUCCUCCUCGCGCCGCCGUCCCCGACGCUGUGGGGAAAUGCCGCUCCGCUGGAAUUAAGGUCAUUGGCACAAUAAACCAACCAACAAACCAUUCGAUCAACCAACCAACCAACCAACUAAUCAAUUGAUCAACCAACCAACCAACUAACUAAUCAAUUAAUCAACCAACCAACCAGCAAUCCAACCAACAAAUACAUUAAUCAACCAACCAACGAACUAAUACAUGAAUCAACCAACCAACCAACCAACCAACCAACCAACCAACUAAUCAAUUAAUCAACUAACCAACUAACUAACUAAUCAAUUAAUCAACCAACCAACCAAUCAAUCAAUCAACCAAUCCAACAAUCACACAAAAUGUAACUUUCACAAAUUCCCAGGUUUUCCAGAAAUCAUGGUUGGAAGAAUCAUGGAAUCAGCAGGGGGUAAUUAGGAAAUCCGGGAAUCCUCCAACUGGAAUUUCUGGAAAACCUGGGUAUUUUCAGAGUCACUAGAGUCAAGUAAAAAUAAAAAUUACAUACUAAUAUAUAUAUAUAUAUAUAUAUAUAUAUAUAUAUAUAUAUAUUAUAUAUAUAUAUACAUACAGUACCAGUCAGAAGUUUGGACACACCUACUCAUUCAAGGGUUUUUCUUUAUUUUUACUACUUUCCUCAUUAUAGAAUAAUAGUGAAGACAUCAAAACUAUGAAAUAACACAUAUGGAAUCAUGUAGCAGACCAUAAAGGCCUGAUUCACACAGUCCCCUCUGAACAGUUGAUGUUGAGAUGUGUCUGUGACUUGAACUCUGUGAAGCAUUUAUUUGGGCUGCAAUUUCUGAGGCUGGUAACUCUAAUGAACUCAUCCUCUGCAGCAGAGGUAACUCUGGGUCUUCCAUUCCUGUGGCAGUCCUCAUGAGAGCCAGUUUCAUCAUAGCGCUUGAUGGUUUUUACGACUGCACUUGAAGAAACGUUCAAAGUACUUGAAAUGUUCCGUAUUGACUGACCUUCAUGUCUUAAAGUAAUGAUGGACUGUCGUUUCUCUGCUUAUUUGAGCUGUUCUUGCCAUAAUAUGGACUUGGUCUUUUACCAAAUAGGGCUAUCUUCUGUAUACUUGUCACAACACAACUGAUUGGCUCAAAUGCAUUAAGAAGGAAAGAAAUUCCACAAAUUAACUUUUAACAAGGCACACCUGUUAAUUGAAAUGCAUUCCAGGUGACUACCUCAUGAAGCUGGUUGAGAGAAUGCCAAGAGUGUGCAAAGCUGUCAUCAAAGCAAAGGGUGGCUAUUUGAAGAAUCUCAAAUAUAUUUUGAUUUGUUUAACACUUUUUUGGUUACUACAUGAUUCCAUAUGUGUUAUUGCAUAGUUUUGAUGUCUUCACUAUUAUUCUACAAUGAAGAAAGUAGUAAAAAAUAAGAAAAACCCUUGAAUGAGUAGUUGUUUCCAAACCUUUGACUGGUACUGUAUAUAGAAUCUCCUGGAAGUCUAUAAAUGAGCAAAAACACAGAAAAAAGCUCAAGUACAGUUCAUGUGGUGACAGGUAUAGAUGACAUAAGAUGUGUUUAUAGUUGUGAUGAUGUUUAUGGUUCUCUACUGCCGUCAGGUCAUCAUGGUGACUGGCGACCAUCCCAUCACUGCCAAAGCCAUCGCUAAAGGCGUGGGUAUCAUCUCAGAGGGCAACGAGACAGUGGAGGACAUCGCUGAAAGACUGAUUAUUCCCCUGAGUCAAGUCAACCCCAGGUGUGUGUAUGUGUAUGUAUGUAUGACUUUCCACGUUGUUGUUUCUCAUAUGUCAUAAAAUUUUAGCUUCUGCUUUUUUACCUUGCUACGUAUGCCAAACUUGACAAAUGCUAUCAUGAAAGAAGACCACAAUGGAAAUAAGUUGUUUACUUUUUUGUGUUUAUCCUAGAUGAUUAUUGAUCACGUGCAUAAUGUUAUAUGUGUACCUUGUUUCACAUUUUUUAAUAAACGAAACGUAACAAAAAAAAUAUGUUGGCUUGUAUCUGUCUCUCUCCCAGAGAGUGCGUGUGUUUGUGCGUGGGUGUGUGUGUGCGUGCGUGUAUGCAUAUGUGAGCGCUUGUGUGUGUGACUGUUCGCGCCCGUGUGUGUAUCUGUGUAUUUGUGUGGUUUCUCACUGGGGGCUGGUGUCUGUGUGUCUCUUCCAGGGAUGCCAAGGCCUGUGUGGUGCACGGAGGGGACCUGAAGGACAUGAGCGCAGAGUACCUGGAUGACCUGCUCAGGAACCACACUGAGAUAGUGUUCGCCCGCACAUCACCUCAGCAGAAACUCAUAAUCGUAGAGGGCUGCCAGAGAACGGUGAAAGGAUGUCUGUGUGUGUGCGCUUGUGUGUGUGUGGGUGUGUGUGUGCGCGCUUGUGUGUGUGCGCGGGUGUGUGUAUUUGAGUCUCUAUAAUGAAAGCAUGAGUCAGGGAUUCUGAAUCUAUUAUCCUGUUCAGACUUAGAUACUGGGGAGCUAUUAUCCCUAUAGAAAAGUAUUUGAUGGGAAAAUUGCUCCAGAAUUGACACACCGUAAAACUUAAAUUAAACGCAGAGUCUCAAACCGCCGCUGUCUCUUUUAACAAUAGCUGGGUAACUGCACACAUUUCAGCAAAUAAACGCCUGUUUCAAAUAAACGCUGGGUCUAAAUUAAGUCUUUACGUGGUUACCAUGAAUUAUCAUGAAUUGUUUGCGAGGUUCUAUGAUUUUUUUACAUUCAAUAAUUCAGUAAUGACUCAAAAAAAAUGAUGUCAAUCAUCCGUUUUUAUCACCAGUAAGAAACUGUUGAGCAGCUGAGAACUGCUAGUUAACGGGCAAGCACAAAAACAGUCAACAAGUUCGGGACUACAGACCCCCAGAAAACAGCCGAUCGACCCUUCUAGUGGCGAAAGUUACAAAUGUAAAAAAUGCACAGUCAAAUAGGAUAAUAAUUACUCUAUCAAGUUAAAGUUUUUCAAAAUAGAGGCAUACUAAGACAAAAGAAACGUGACAGUGUGUAAAAGAUAACACAUUAUUGCAGGGAAUUAAGAAAUUGAUUAAAAUGCUGGAAGUGAAUGCUGGAAUUAAACAAUUAACUAUGCAAAUGAGCAAAAGCUGUGUGCAUUAAGGAAUUAGAUGCCUAACUCAAAUAUAAGCCUGUCUCUAAUAAGCGCCUGUUGUGUUCAGUGAUUUAAGCAAAUAAACACCCUGGCUAUUAAUUUAAGUUUUACAGUGGGAGGAAAAGCAUUGAAACACUGCAUUUAUCUCCCAUUCACAGCAGUUUUUCAACUAAAAUGUUUCUUAUUUUCUGACUCUGAAUUCUCUUGUUCUAGGGGGCAAUCGUGGCGGUUACUGGGGACGGAGUGAACGACUCACCUGCCCUGAAGAAGGCUGACAUUGGGGUUGCCAUGGGGAUCGCUGGGUCUGACGUCUCCAAGCAGGCUGCAGACAUGAUCCUCCUGGAUGACAAUUUCGCCUCUAUUGUCACAGGAGUAGAGGAAGGUAAGAAAGGACGGAAGGAAGGAAGGAAGGAAGGAAGGAAGGGAGAGAAGGAGAGAAAGAAGGAAAGAUUGAAAGAAAGAAAGUGAAAUAACUUAAAUCUAUCUGUUCUUCUUCAAUCCCAAACAGGUCGUCUGAUCUUUGAUAAUUUGAAAAAGUCAAUCGCCUACACCCUGACCAGUAACAUUCCAGAGAUCAGCCCCUUCCUCCUCUUCAUCCUCGCCAGCAUUCCCCUGCCCCUGGGCACCGUCACCAUCCUCUGUAUCGACCUGGGCACAGACAUGGUGAGGACCCACACACUGAAAUAGUCUCUGGGGCGGUUUCCCGGACACAGAUUAAGCAUUGGUCCUGGAUUUAAAAGCGAGAAUCUCCAUUGAGAGUGCUUUUUAGUCCAGGACUACUUCAUUUGUUCCUUUAAAGUUGUAAUGUUCUUUAGCAGUCCAUUUGUUUGAACUUUUCUUCUGCCGCUAAAGAACAUUACAUUUGAAAGACUUUUUCAGUGAGUGCAGUUUUCCUUUUCCAGUUUAUAUGCACUGAAAGACUCCACUCAUCAUAUCUCCACUCAUCAUAUCUCCACUCCUCAUAUCUCCACUCAUCAUAUCUCCACUCCUUGACACUCAGUCACAAGCAGACGUUCUCUCAGCUUGAUCAUACAUUACCUUUCAAUCUAUAACUCACCACUACCUUGCCCUGGGUCAGGGUGAGUUCUGCUAAAUCCUCUAAAGCGAAUUGGAUUUGUAUCCACUGCUGUGAGGACUCUAGUCUCACACUGGGUUAAGUCCAUUUUCCACUUUAACUCACACACAUUGCCCUGUUGUUGCCUCACUGGUAACGCCUUAAACCAAUAGUCAGGGCUUUUUUAUUACGGAACCUAUAGAUUUGUCACAUUGUUCUCUGUCAUACAUUGUCUCAAACUCCUCUCUCUCUCUCUCCAUCUCUCUUCAUUAACUCCCUCUCCUCUCAACCCUAUCUCUGGUUACAGGUUCCUGCUAUCUCGUUGGCCUAUGAGACGGCUGAGAGUGACAUCAUGAAGCGUCAGCCCAGGUGCCCAAAGACAGACAAGCUGGUGAACGACAGACUGAUCAGCAUGGCCUACGGACAGAUAGGUCAGAAUACCUGUCGGGCUCAUCCGUGUUUCUGUGUCCUAAAUGGCAUGCUAUCAUUGGCCCUGGUCAAAAGUAGUGCAAUAUAUAGGGAAUAGGGUUCCAUUUGGGAUGCAAGCCUUGUGUUUAUAAGCCAUUUUUGGGUGUCCCCCCCAAAUGGCACACUAUUCCCUAUAUAGUGUACUACUUUUGUCAUAAGUAGUGCACUAACAGAGAAUAGUGUGCCACUUGGGACACACUCUUUGUAUUUUUGCCCUCUGUUGUUCAUGCCAGUUAUUGAAACAGAUAUUAUAUUGUGCUGAUGGACUUGUCUCUCUCUCUCCAGGUAUGAUUCAGGCUCUGGCUGGUUUCUUCACCUACUUUGUGAUCCUGGCUGAGAAUGGCUUCUGGCCAGAGACCCUCCUGGGCAUCCGUCUGAAAUGGGACGACCGUGCUAACAACGAGGUGGAGGACAGCUAUGGACAGCAAUGGGUGAGACAGAGAGUUUAACAUAUCCAUACAGUCUGUAGCUGUAUGGAACCACAGCAAGCUUAUUUUUUAAAAGUAAACUUGCACACCUUGACAUACUACUAGGUGCAUGGAGAAAAGUGUCAUCCAUAAAAAUACAAAAUACAAAAAUGUAGUCAAUCAAAUAAAAUAAAUUCAGCCCACUGGUAAUUUUGUUGCUUCUAACAAUUGAAUGAAUCUAAAUUGUUGGAAGCAUCAAGAGCAUCAUUUUUUAUUGACAACUAAAACAGUUUUUCAGUUGUAAGUAUACUAGGACGUGUUUCCUUUACACAGACCUACGAGCAGCGAAAGAUCAUUGAGUUCACCUGUCACACCUCGUUCUUUGUGAGCAUCGUGGUAGUGCAGUGGGCCGAUGUGAUUAUCUGCAAGACCAGGAGGAACUCUGUCUUUCAGCAGGGCAUGAAGUAGGUGGAAACUGCGAAGUCUCAAAUGACACCCUAGUGCACUACUUUUCACCAAAGCCCAUAGGGCUCUGGUCAAAAGUAGUGUACUACUGUAUAUAGGGAAUAUGAUUUUUACUUUGUAUAAGUAUGUACUGUAUUUGUAAAAAAUCUAAAUGUGUCUUGUCCAAUUCUUUCUUCUUUUCACCUCUCCCAUCUCCAUUUCCUCAACAGGAAUCGUAUCCUGAUCUUUGGCCUCUUUGCUGAGACUGCUUUGGCUGCCUUUUUGUCCUACUGCCCAGGAAUGGACAUCGCCCUCCGCAUGUAUCCCCUGAAGUCAGUACAACACAGCACCCUAAAAACAAGGACAUCCCAUCCCCAAUACCACUGUCUUUAAUUCUACCCCAAAACUACUAAGUCCCUCACAUGCCUUUCUCAUAUCACACCCUCAACUCCAUGGAUUUUACAAUGAACUGUUUCCUCUGAAGUCAGUACCACACACGUCUCCACUCUGCAAUACCCUAAACACUUCCAAAACAAAUCCCUCAAAUGUCUUUCUCAUAUCACACCCUCAUAUCAUCCCAAUGAUUCAGUGUGAAUCUGAAUAGAUUUUACAAUGAACUCCAACAACCACUCCUCCUUUGUUUCACUCUCUCUCGUCUCUUUCUCUCUCUCACUCUCUGUCUCUCUCUCCGUCUCUCUCAUUCAGGGUCUCCUGGUGGUUCUGUGCUCUACCCUACAGUCUCCUCAUCUUCAUCUAUGAUGAGGUCCGCAAGCUCAUCAUCAGGAGGUAUCCUGGAGGUGGGUGACAUAGUGACAUAGAAAGACAUAGGUGACAUAGAGAGACGGACACUGAGAGUCACAGAAGAUGCAUUGUCUGUCACUGAGUGUCUGUUCUGUAAGGAGGAGACAAAUCAAGAGAUUCACAAAAGAUCAUUCAUAAUGACAGUUAUUCGCUCAUGUUAAUCAGUCAUGUUAAUAAAUCAGAUUGAUGUGCUGGGGAUCAGUCACUGAGUUAAAAGGGCUUUGUCAUAUUGAAGCACUAAGAGGAAGAGAUAAUGGUAUAUAAUGAUGUUGUCUAAUACAAUCAUUCUUGUCUGACUAAUUUUAAUCUUUCUCUUUUAUAGGUUGGGUGGAACUGGAGACAUAUUAUUAA